AUGCGUCAGGACCGCCCAAAUCUAUCAAAAUCUACUGUUUCCAAGCGGCAUGGAAUUGCUGCCGCUCGACGAGUAACCUCUGUUACCGCCUCUGUAACCGCCUCUGCCACGGCCUCUUCCGUAACCACCACGGCCUCUGCCGUAACCACCACGUCCGUAACCGUAUCCGUUACCUCUGUUGCCCUUCUUAUCAAGAGCCUGCAGCUCAGGAGGAAUGUCCUGCUUGGCCUCUCUCAAAAUCACGAUCAAAUCGUGGGCCUGGCCGGAGUUACCCUGGGUGAAGAGAGUGAUGGCAGUACCUUUCUCUCCAGCACGGCCGGUUCUUCCAAUACGGUGAACAGUUUGUCUAUCAGGACGGAUCUGGUCGACAAUCUUACGGAUCUGGGGCUCGAAUCCCAUAUCCAGCAUUCUGUCGGCCUCGUCCAGAACCAGGUAGGUCACUCUUCUGAGGUUGGUGCGACCAGAGUCCAGCAUGUCCAAAAGACGGCCAGGCGUGGCAAUACAGAUUUCUGCUCCUCUGGCAAGAUCUCUCACUUGUUGGCCCUUAGGAACUCCUCCGUAGACACAGGUGUUUCUGAUUCUGGAAGAACGUCCGAACUUGGAGCACUCUUUCUGGAUCUGAACCGCCAGUUCUCUGGUUGGAGCCAGGACCAAACAAAUAGGACCAUCGCCAGGCUGCAAAAGGGGCUGGGCAUUGAUGUGCACAAUAGCAGGCAAACAGUAAGACAAAGUCUUACCGGAACCUGUCGAAGCAAUACCCACCAUGUCGCGUCCAGAAAGGGCCAUUGGCCAUCCUUGACACUGGAUGGCAGUAGGGUUAGGAAAUCCUUGAGCCUUCACCUCCUUUAA